UUGGUGGGCCAUUCAUCCUCAGUCCCUCGACUCCUCGCAGGUCCCUUCCAAUUUCCAUCCUUCUCUAGGGCAAAGUUAGGGCUCUUUGAGAGUUGUGACCAAUUCUCUCUGAAAAUCUCCAAUUUCUAUGGACAAUCACAUAGGCUCUACUUCAUUUUCGUACUCUUCCUGAUCCACCGCUGAGAUUCCACUUCCACAUUUCGGUUCCCCUGCUGCUUUCAAAAUGAACAGAACUUGUUUGGAGUUCGAAAACCCUAUUCGAGACGCCAUUUCCAGAAUCCGCUUCGCUCCGCAGUCAAACAAUCUCCUUAUCUCUUCUUGGGAUUCCAGUCUUCGGUUGUACAAUGUGGAUGGUUCUGCGCUUAGUUUCGAAGCUCAGUCUGAAGCCGCGCUUCUCGAUUGUUGUUUCCAGAACGAAUCUGUUGCUUUCAGCGCUGCCUCUGAUGGCUCCGUUACAAGGUAUGACUUGCAUUCGGGAAUUAAUGAUACAAUUGGAAAUCACGAUGAUAUAGCAACGGGUAUUGGAUAUUCAGAUGAAACAUGUCAAGUAAUUUCUGCUGGUUUGGACAAGAAGUUACUAUUCUGGGACACGCGCAUAGCGAAGGCUCUUGCGUGCUCAAGAAAUCUUGGUGCAGAGGUGGAGUCCAUGUCACUCUUUGGGUUUCAUUUGAUGGUAGUCAUUGGAGCAUCAAUAUAUAUGUAUGAUUUGCGUAAUUUAGACAAAUCCGUUCAAUCAAGAGAAUCACACUCGGAUAUUAGAUGUGUCAGCCCGAUUCCUUAUUCUAAAGGAUAUGCUGCUGGAUCAGUAGAUGGACGAGUGGCUGUGGAGAUUUCCCAUCCAUCCAAUCCAAAUGACAUUGAAUACAUGUUCCGUUGUCAUCCAAAGUCAAAGGAUGGAAGAUAUCAUCUAGUAUCGGUGAAUGACAUCGUUUUCAAUCCUCUCAUCCGUGGUGCGUUUGUUACAGGAGAUAAUGAAGGCUAUGUUAGCGCAUGGGAUGCUAGAAGCAGGAGAAGACUUUUUGAGUUGCCUAGGCACCCUAAUAGUGUGGCAUCUUUAUCAUACAACCAUGAGGGACAACUUUUGGCUGUUGCAUCAAGCUACACUUACCAAGAAGCUAAAGAACUAGAGGAGCCUCCUCAAAUAUUCAUACACGAAGUUGGUGACAGCUACAUAAGAUCAGAGUCUGCUGGAAGUUCGACAAGUAGGAAUUGACUGUCCGUGAUAUGCUAUUCAAUGAAGAUGGGCCACGUUAGAGACAUCGGAUAUUUUGGACCCUGUAAUUGAAAUCUUUUGCGCUCCAAUCCAACUGCUCCCUAUUUUGCAUGAAAAAGUAUAACAAUAUCUUAGUUUGUUGCUGGCUUCCUCUUGAAAAAAGCAAGGCACUCUCUUACCCUAGGGUGAGGAAAUAUUAUAUCUACCACUAAUCUGAUUGUAAUUGUGUUACGGACCUACGUGGAUGUAAGAAACAUGAGCCACGUGGGAAGCUUCAAACCUGAGAAAUGUAAAGAUAAGAAGGAAGAAGUUGCAUGGACAUAGGACUAUUAUCUUAUUGUUACAUGGAGUCACUAUUUAUUACUAAGAAUCUUAUUAGGAAUAGAGUUAUAAACUAUUAGGAGUUUCAAGGAUAGCCAUGUUUACUUAUUAGAAUUGUAUUUUCAUUUCAAUUCUUUUUGUAAACUGCACUCGAUGUUCAUUAGUA